UCUUGGCUCUCGACCCUCUUCAUGACUAACAAAGAAAGCAGGGAGUUGAAAGAGGUGGAGAAUGUUGUCGAUGAGAAGGGUCCAUCGGCUGUUCUGGCGAUGCCACCCUCGUUGGCUAAUCUACCGGAGGCUGAGCUCUCCAAAGUGAAACGUCGAGCAACAUUCAAACUGGAUGCCCAAAUCAUGCCGUGCAUGGUGGUUAUGUAUAUCAUGAACUACCUGGACCGUCAGAAUAUCGCCGCGGCCAAAUUGGCCGAUAUCGAACAGGAUCUGAAGAUGACGGAUGUACAAUACCAGACCUGUGUCAGCAUCUUGUUCGUUGGCUACAUUCUAAUGCAGGUCCCAUCCAACGUUGUGGUGGGAAAAAUCAAGCUCCCUGGCGUCUACAUUUGUUUCUCGAUGGGCCUAUGGGGUGUCCUCUCAGCUUGCACGGCCGCUGUUCACAACUUUUCCGGCCUCAUGGCCUCCCGUUUCUUCCUUGGAUUCGUGGAAGCUGUGUUCUUCCCUGGUGCUCUUUUUUAUCUGUCUUUGUUCUACACAAAAAAACAGUUCGCGCUGCGGACAGCUAUUCUUUACUCUGGCUCUCAACUUGGCAAUGCAUUUGGAGGCCUAUUUGCUGUUGCGAUUUUGAAACUGGAUGGAAAACAUGGUCUGGAAGGCUGGAGAUGGCUUUUCCUAGUCGAGGGAAUUGCCACCAUUGGCCUUGCCAUUAUCCUUGUUUUUAUCCUACCCAACUCAUUGAAAUCUCUCAGCGGAUUCACCAAACUUGAGCAUGAGUAUCUCCUAUGGAGUUUCGAGGAAGAUCAAGGCCAGCAGGAUAAUGCCGAUGAGGCAAGUGCCAUGAAGGGUGUUGUCAUGGCUGUGACCGAUCUCAAAACCUGGCUUUUCAUGGGCAUACUUUAUUCUAUCUACAUUGCUGGAGCUGUGACUAACUUCUUUCCCUCGGUUGUGGCCACUCUCGGAUACUCUCGAAACAAGACCUAUGGUCUCACUGCGCCACCCUAUGUCCUCUGCGUGAUUGCGAUGAUUAUCAAUGGUUUUCACUCUGAUAGGAAACAAGAGCGUUACCUGCACAUCGUCUGCCCAAUGGCUGUCUGCCUAGUGGCUAAUAUAAUUGCUGUCUCUACACUCAACACGGCAGCACGCUAUGUUGCGAUGAUGUUAAUGCCAGGAUCUUUCUAUGCGGCAGCCAUUGUCGUUUUGUCCUGGAUAACCAGCACGCUGUCGCAGCCUUCAAUAAAGCGUGCCUCGGCAAUCGCUUUGAUCAAUGCGAUCUGUAACACUCCAAACAUAUGGGCUUCUUAUCUCUACUAUUCCGAGCCGCGGUAUCUUGCUGCCUUUCUGGUCAACCUAGCCGCCUCCGGCUUGGCCAUCAUACUGGCGACCAUUACGCGCUUCUAUCUGAGGCGUCAGAAUAGCAAGCUUGAUCGUGGUCUAGACAUGGGCCGAAAUGGCCCAACACCUGCUCAACUUGCUGUCGGUUUCCGCUAUAUGAUCUAA